AUGCCCCGAGUAGCACUGGAUUUGGAACAGAAAGAGGACCUGACCGUAAUCAAGUCCGACGGAUGGCGUGUGGCGCAGGGCCUCGAGCCUGGCGAACCCAACCAGGGAUUGGUGGCGGAAAAGCUGGGGAGUAACGCUCGCCUGCCCGACUACGACGACUCGGGCUGGGAAAGCGGCUCGGACUUCCAGAAGCGCUAUUCGGUCGGGUUCACCUUCGCCUGGUACCGGUUGCGGUUCACCAUGCCGGAGACCGUGAAGGGCCAGGACGUGACCACCUGCCGGAUCUGGUUCGAAACCAACGUGGACAACUACGGCGAGGUGUUCAUCGACGGCAAGAUUGAUCGUAACAUCGGCGUGGUGACCGGCAACAACACGCCCAAGCGCGUGCUGGUCGAGGAACCCGGCGAUCCGGGGAAGGAACACGUCAUCGCCGUCCUGGUGGCCAACGCGCCGCUGGGUGAACCGGUGGGCGCAAUCUUCAUGCGGCAUGCCACGCUGGCGUUUGAAUCCCAGCCGCCGCAAUAG